AUGUCGCGUCAACCGGAAGAGGGUUCACUUGACAAAGUCGUGACCGAAUCAUGCCAAUUACCGUACUGGAUCUACAAUACGAGCAUGCUUGAGCAGAAUGAUGUGCACUGCAGUUCGCAUGGCACUGAUUGCUUGGGAAGGUUCGGCAACGCUGAAUCUGCUGUGUGCAGUACAGUGUCACGCAUUUCAGCUGUCGCCCAUUACGGCAAAGCAUUGGUCCAGGAUAGCCAUCAUACGUUGACAGCACAACUACGACUCGGAGGUAUCUCUUGGGAACCCAAACCCAUCUCUAUAUCCGAUUAG